CUCAUAUCUUCACAAUCUCCUGAUUUCGGGGAUAAUUUCUAUCAGUCUUGUGGAAAUUUUUGGGGAAGCUACAAAAGCCAUAAAAUUUCUACCAUUUUGUGCUUCUUUAUCAAGAAAUCUUGAAAGUUUUGGUUUUCCUCAAACUUUGGGGCAAAACUGAGGGUUUUGAAGUGACUUUAUGGAAAGCUCAGGAAUCUCCCCAAAAUCCUGAGGUUGGAUCAUUUAAACUUAUCGCUCCUAAUUCUUAGUUAUCAACACUUAGCAAUAGCGAAUUUGAUUGACGUAACUGAUCCUUGUGUGAAAUUCUCGCCCAACAAUUCAACUCGUUACAUUUCCGACGCUGAAUGAACUAUUUCGUGAAGGAUAAUUGUGACUUGGUUUCAUUCAGUUAGGGGUGAAUUAUAAAACUCCACUCACGCUUGGAUGGAACGAAACUUGAGGCUUUUUAAGGAAAGAAAGGUAUCAAACUUCUGGAACGUAAAUGACUAGUAGAUGAACAAUAUUGUUCUACAGACCCCUUAAGUGUUACCAAAUGUAUCUAGCAGCAAACCGUUAAUCUGUUUUGUCAGGAAAUCUGAAGAAUAUUUCAGUAUUUUUUAAAAAGUAGAACUUCAAUUUGUCACACUUAUUGUGUAAUUCGUAUCAUCAUUUGAGUAAGAUUUCCAAAUUCCCAAGAUGAAUGAUGUAGGCAAAGAUGAGGGUAAAAUGAGAAAGUUCCCAAGUUUAUUUAGUAAAGGUGGAUGGGGAAUGUAAGUUCUUCCUUUUUAAUCGAUUCAUUAUGUUCACUAAGAUCAAUCUUUUAUUACCCUCGUUUAUAUUCGAGUUCUUGGACGCAUAUACUAUACGACUAUUGAAGCAAAGAAGUAUUGGCUUUGAAAUUCGCCCAAGAAAUAAAUUCGUAAUAUGUGGCAGUUACUUGUCGGUCAUUCAGUCAGUCAGCUACAACAUAGGAUCAUGUACAUAUGUGCAUGAAUCCAAGUUGCUAUACCUCAUUAGCACAACAAGAUGGACACCGCAUUCAUAAAAGUAGUUAAUUCAGAGGUGGUAAUAUAUAAAAGAAAGAUUGCAAUAAGGAUAUAGUACAGGAAGAAAGAAUUAGUUCGUAGAAAGAAAGAUAUGAAGCAAUUUUAAUCUCUUAGUUUAAGGGAAGACAGAGAGUGUAUACAUCGACGCCACUGUGAUCCAUUCUGAGCCAUGUCACCCAGUCUCCAACCAUUGGUUACGAUAGUCACGUGGACCCCAACCAAGUAGUUUAGUAGUAUCUACCAACAUGGCUCAGACCAGAAGUUAGUGACUUCAAGCACCGACGCCACGUUUUGGUUUGACCGCUCCUAACUUUCUUUCAACCAUCCCCUACACUAGUCAGCAUUGUGCGUCGUGGUAAACGGUGUUCAGGCAUACGUAACACGUGACCCAACCAUCUCAGUCGAUGAAGAUUCACAACCUCAUCCACUGGUUUACCAUCAUUCUCGAAUACCCUGCGUCUAACCUCACUAUUACUUACUUGGUGAUGCGAGAAGAUGCGAACAAUAUUUUUAGGGCAUCUGUGGUCAAAUACUAGUAGCUUACGAGUACGUUCUACUCUUCAUGAUCACAUUUCGCAGCCAGAACGUAACGAACUGCUGCGCAGUACACUCGUCCAUUUAUUGACAGACCGAUAUCUUGCCUUCGCCAUAGGUGACGUAAGUUGGCAAAAGCCAAACGGACUUUCUGAAUCCGUGCAGAGAUUUCGUCAAACACCAACCCAGCAGUUACUUGUAUUCCUUAUUAUUUAUUUACUUAUUAUCUGAACACAAAUAUUAGUACAAAAGGGCACCGAAUAGUUUUGCGCCAUACAAGUCACUUGAUUUGUGUGUGGGCUAUGAUACUGCCCCUGUGCCAAAACCGGAGCAGGUGAUUCUCUUAAGGGGACACACCCGGAGCCUUCGACCUAAAGGUCUAAUCCACCACCUAUUGGGAAUGUCCAAAAGCUUUAGGCCGUGUGUUAUUCAGUGCUAAAAGUAAAAUAUGAUUUAUAGGUUAGCGUCUUGGCUAUAAAGGAUGUCGAUCCCCCCAUGACACCAGCCAUUUUCAUUCCAAACAUUUUCGCGACCCUCGUCUAUAUUGUGAUUGAAUUUAUCGUGUUGUUAACUGUAAUCAUUUGUUAUUAAUUGACAUAGGUUCAUAUGAAAUUGAGUGUUCGAUUUUUUUUUCUUAGAUGUCGGAUGAGUCUUGUACACAUUUGUACAAAGGUGCUGUGACUUCAAAACCUGGGAAUGAAACUGUCUUAGGGACUCCCGUACCUGUUGCACACUCAACCGUUGGCUACGAUAAACUUUCCAACAAUCACAAACGUGAUCGGUUUCAUUUAAAUGAAACGCAACAAACUUCUCCGGCUUUUGGAAAACAAACGUAUGUUAUCAAUCCGUUUAUCAGAAAUCAAAGUUACGACGUCUCUAAUUCUAAUAAUAAAGAAUUAAGUAUUCUAAACAUCGACACAAUAAAGGGUCUAUCUGAUAGUGUAUUAGAUCGUAGUUUACAGAAUCCCAAAUACAAUGAAAUAUCCAGAAAACUAGAUUUAGGAAAUAGAAAUAAGCAGAUGGAUACCUUUAAAGUUGAACACUGUCAAUCACUAGCAAAUCUGUCGACUGAUAUGGAAACUCAACAGAAAAUACAAUUUGAUGAUGAGGAAUUGAAGAUGCUGGAAGAAGCUUUCAGCGACUUUGAUUGUGAAGCAUCUGAAGCGACUGCUCCAACUCGAGUUUGCGAGACAUUUGCUCGUCGAGUAUCGUGUGAUUUACUAGACGUUGAAGAACAAUGUUCAAAUGGAAAUAGCACAUCAGUUUCUUCCCUGUCAUCUAGUGAAGGUAUCUGUGAUGUUGAUGGCAGCAAUGUUGGCGUUGUCGACCUAGUCAAUCCUAGUGUUUCUACCCAUUCAUGUAAUAUCCCUCAGACCACGGAAUUGCCAACUCUAGUUUCAGAAUGUCAUUCGAAGAACACUAUCGAAAAGCAAGCAGACUCUUCAAAGAAUGAGUGUGGCCAAUCAAUUUUAAGACCUCAAAACAAAAAUUAUUCACAUUUGCCUUGCCUUACUGGUUUAUCAUCUGUUUUUGAAGUUGACUCAAAUGAAACCAAGUCCGAUGAUUGCGUACAACCUAACUUAUGCCCAAUAACUACAUCGCCUUUAAAACUAAAUCAAGCAAUAACGGUCUCACCAGUACAGAAUCUAAUCAGUCGCACUUCAAAAUGUAUAAAUAAUGAACCAAUCCAAUCUAUGAACAGAAAUAAUAAUUUAUCAACCCAAACACAAGUGACAGAACAGAACUUAUCCAGUAAAAGUUCACAUCCUUCACAAAAAGUAAAUAAUCUUAGUGAUGCCAGCAGUUUGAAACUGAAAAAUUUGAAUUUGAAUCAAUCAGAUAUAUCACAUGUUGAUAUCAGUUGUCUACAUAUGUCCGAUAUUGACAGUUUGUUAGAUAUGAUUACAGCUACAGGUAAGCAGCCGGAUGAUGGCAAACUGGAAUCGGUUUCUCGUCACAAUAAAUUAUCUUCACAUUUAGAAAAACAACUUGAGGCUGUUAGACAAGCUCUAAGAUCUAAUAUUCCUAGUAAUACAGUUAAUUCUAGUAAAAUCCCAGCUGGUGUAAACGGAAAACAGCCAAAUUUUUCAAAAUCCAAAGUGGAUGCACUAAAGGAAAAUAUUCCUCCUACAAAUACAACUAGUUCUGGCCAGAAUGUAACUCACAGACAAAAACGAUCUCAUUAUCCUAAUCCGGAUGUUCCACAUGUGCCUGCGAAUCCAUCAGCUAAAUCCCAUUCGAUUAAUGCCACAAACGAGAAUCCAUCAGUUCAUGACGGAUCUGUAAUCCCGCAAAAAGAUUCUUUCUCUCUAGAGGUGUUAAAAUCUCAAAAUAUUCCUAUCCUAUCAAAUACUAACUGCUUAAUUUGGGCUGGUGCAGUUUGUGGACAGAUACAUCGACAACAUUUCCUUAUCAAACAUCAAAUGGACAAACCGACUACCAUAUCAUUUGUCGUUCACCCCAAAUCAGAAGUGUUUAAACUUGUUGACGAAAAUGGUUAUUUGAUUACUGGAACAUUCCAUAUUUACUUACCACCAAAUCUUGAAUAUGAAGUAAGUGUCGCUUACGUUGCAAAGCAUCCAGUUUCUUGGGACUUCGGACAUUUACUUUUACGAUCUGAAGAAUUCAAAACUUCCACUUUUAAAGUAAGACUAAUUGGUUAUACAAAUUCCAGUGAAUUGGUUUGUUCUUGUUGUUCAAAAUUAAGUCCCAAUGUUUAUUGGGUUGUUGCGUCUAAAAUUGAUCCCAGUUCUGAGUCAGUGGCAGUGGCUAAAGAUAAUGAAAAAUUUCAUGAAGCAAGUCUACGUUCUACCAAAUAUGAACUUACUUCAAAUGUAUCUGGGUGCUCUUUGGCAAGUAUUAAUAUAAGUAAUUAUGGCUCUAGAUCUGCUUGGGUCUGUGCUCGUGUUGAUUGGAUCGAUCGAAAAACCGCCAGUCAAAAUGAACAUGAUGAUACUUCUGAAUGCGGUGUUAUUAUUGAACCCAAAGCUUUAGUUAUUGGAUCGAAACAAUCUCAGAGCAUUUUUAUUACUUUAAAGCAUGGUGUAAAUGCUGCACGUAUAGUAUUUUACCAUGGAGAUGAAGUUGUUCGUUAUCAGUUCCGGCGAUUAUGUGCUUGUUUUGAAGAGACCAUUUCAAAAUUGAGAAAACGGUCUAGUCACAGCCGUCAAGAUAAUCGUUUACGAUUAUCAGACAUUUUGAAAGAUUUUGAAUAUGAACAAUCUAUCCAAAUCGUUGAACUGCCUCCGGCAUCCUUCAAUGAUCUUCGACCCCAGGACUGGCAUCAGGCCUUUAUGGAUCAAGUAAAUCAUCGUGAACAUAUGCUCCUGUGCAUUUAUACUUCAAAACAAAAUCAAAAUUCAAACACUCAAAAUCAACGCAGCGUAUAUUUAUCCAGUUCAGUAUCGGAAUCAGUACUUGAGAAUUCGUUAACUAGUGUUUUUGUACAACAAGAUGCUUUCAAACGUCAAAAUUCUAUUAAUCCUAUUCAUCGUGAAAGUUCUGCAACAUUUUUUUCAAAGCCAAUAUCGAGAAAUGGUAGUUUGUGUGAACCUUAUUCGACAAAUACUUUAACUCCUAAUAUUUCAACUGGUCAAAGUUCCAAAGGAAAAACGUCACUCGUUCAACUGCCAAAAUUAGAAAUAAACCCUCCGUAUAUUUUGGUGUUUCCACCAUGUACUCCCAAUUGCUCAACAGAAGCUCAAUUUUCUGUGAGCUUAAAACCAAGUUCACCUAGUGAAGAUGAAACGUCUUCCUUGUCAUUAUGGAAAGUGUUUUGGUCGGCAAAUCCUGUAACUGGAAUACAACUGCGAAAUAUUACUUCAAAUUCCUCUUAUCCACUUAACAAACGGUCUACCAUGGAACAAGGUAUCUUUCAGUUGUUACCUUCUAAAUCGAAUUCACUCAAUCAAUACAGCAUUAAUAAUAAGUCAGUCAGUAGUGUUUGCAUUUUAUCAACCAAUGCUAAUAACACGGAAUUUCGUUCAUUUUUAAUACCUUUUCGUUUCAAACCCACUUCAUAUUGUGAAAAUAUUUUAACUCAAGAUUGGCAUUUGGAUUUUUGGCUAGAACCAUGUAUACAGAGCCAAUGUCAUUUUAUAUCUAAAUGCAAUUUAAAAGAUUCAGUCACACUUCUAGUCACUUUAGAAGGUUCGUGUCAUGACCAAGCAACAAGGAAAGAAUCACUCACAUACCUGCAAAGCAUAGGCGACUACAAGUUAAAAUACCCUCCUCCGAAGUCUCAAUGUUUUAAUGAUCGUACUUCGUUGAUGAUUGAUGAAAACACUUUGAAAACGGUUCAUAUUGGUCCGAUUGAUGUGAUUGGCCUACCAGUUUCUUUUGAUACUAUAGACUCCAAUUCUUCAAUAACCUCUCGUUCUCACAAUAUUAUGUUGAUCAAUCGAAUGAAGACAGCUGAAGCAUUCGUCAGAUUAAAACUUCCAAGACCACCAUUCUACGUUAUGGAGCCCAAGGAAAUAAGGUUUCGUAUAUCACCUCGUUCCCGUGUACGAAUAGUGCUUAACUUUCGACCAUACACACUAGGAAAAUCAAGUUCCGCUCUGGGAAUUAGUGUUGAAUAUCACAAACAAGAAAAUUUAUCUAUGGAAAAACCCAAUUUUAAUGUCAAACCAACUAUCGAAUCUUUCCAAGUUCACUUAUUCGGUACAAUGAAUUAACUUCAAAUCUUUCUUAUUCCUUGUAUUUUACAACUGUAUGUCCUUACUGCUGAUUUUUAUGUAUAUUUAAUAUUUCAUACACAUAGUUA